AUGGGCAGGUGUAUUACAUUUCCCGCAGCGCAUGCCGAAUGCCGAUACAUUAUAGUUGGCAAUAUACACGCAUGCUUUCGCUAAAACGCGCGGUAUGUAGCAAAAGAGAAAGUAUGGCGAAAGUCGCAUCGUUUCUACUCGUCGUACCUCACCCUUCCCGUUCGCAAAAUUUCGCUUUGCUCGGCGUUUACAGUUAUAUUCCACGCAGCAGGUAACACACGACACAACAAACGAGCGAGAGCAGCAGCCGCGUAUUAUCCUCGCGUAGUAUCGCACACCACUUGACUCGACACUUCAGUUCGCAAUUACAAUGGCGUGCCUCAAGACUUUGCGCUUCCCUUUUUCGCAAGUUAAUAAACAAAUUUUGCGCCGUUACGUGCAGCCCAGCACGCCCGCCUUGUGUUUGGUUAAUUUCGAGCAGCUAAAACGACAAAAUUCUAAUUUGUCGCAACUGCUGGCCCCGAGCCAAUUGCGAAAAUUCACGACCUCAGUGCAAAAACCGGCCGAUCAAAAGUUCGAUCCCUAUCAUCUGCUGGAAGAUGAUCUCAAGGAUGUGUACGCGGACAUUAGGAAGGAACUCGUCGAUAACACCAGCCUUGAAGAGUUGAAAACCAUUGCUACAUACUAUUUUGGAGGUCAAGGUAAAGCUCUUAGACCAAUGGUAGCGAUACUGAUGGCUAGAGCUAUUAAUUGUCAUUUGGGAAAGGAUGGUUUGUUACAAUCGCAAAGACAAGUGGCAAUGAUAUCUGAAAUGAUCCAUAGUGCUUCUCUCAUACACGAUGAUGUGAUCGAUCAAUCAGAUUUUAGAAGAGGUAAACCUUCAGUGAAUGUGUUGUGGAGCCAGAAAAAAGUUGCGAUGGCUGGUGAUUUUAUCAUUGCUGUUGCUUCAAUGAUGAUUGCUAGACUUAGGAACGAUGAUGUCACUGUGGUACUGAGUCAAGUCAUAACUGACUUAGUUCAGGGAGAAUUCAUGCAGCUGGGAGCAAAGGAGGCAGAAACUGAGAGAUUUGCACAUUAUUUGACUAAAACUUACAGAAAAACAGCUAGCUUGAUUGCUAAUUCAGCAAAGGCUGUAGCUAUGCUUAGUGGUGCUAAUGAUGAGCUUUCUGAAGUUGCUUAUCAAUAUGGAAGACAUAUGGGUUUAGCGUUUCAACUGGUAGAUGAUUUGUUGGAUUUUAUUUCUUCAACUGAUGCAUUGGGCAAACCAGCUGCUGCUGAUUUGAAACUUGGAUUGGCCACAGCUCCAGUUUUGUUUGCUUGUGAAAAAUUCCCAGAACUCAAUCCAAUGAUAAUGAGACGCUUUUCAGAACCAGGAGACGUAGAAAAAGCUUUUGAGUUGGUGCACAAAUCACAAGGAUUGGAGCAAACUAAAGCCUUGGCCAAGAGUCAUUGUGACGAAGCUGAUAGAUUGGCUAGAUCUCUUACAGAGAGCAUAUAUCAAAAAAGUUUAAUAUCCAUCAAUGAUAUGGUACUUAAUCGUAUGAAGUAAUGUUACAUUUCUCAGUAGUAUAAAACAAUAUAUUUCUGUUAAACAUCUUGUUAUUGAUAGCUAUAUUGGACUAUAGUAAUACUGCAGUACACAGACUUUUAACCAUUCUGAAAUUUUUUUAUUAAUAUUUGUUUAGUUUGUUUAAGUAUUUUUUAUUUUGUUUUAUAAAAAAGUUAUUGAAAACAUAAGUAUAAAGUACUUGACUUCAUGCCAGUGAGAUAAUGAUUGAAACUUUAAUCAUUUGUAUUAUUGUUUAAUUUUCUUAAACAGGUAAAUGUGAAUGUAAUGAAAUAUAAUUGUAAAUACGAUUUUUUCUCAUCUAAUUUAAAGAAAAACAGUGAACAAAUGUACAAAUUUAAAGAGAAGUGUUGUCUAAAUGUGUAAGCACAUAAUUUUAUAAAAAAUAAAUUACAUGACAAG